UUUGUCAUAGAAAUCAUGACUGCAAGUGAACUUAAAAAAACAUCUCCAACAGCUUAUUGUGACUGCUGGGAAAAAUGUGAAUGUAAAGCUUUGGUCACUGGAAAUAUUGCAAAAAGGGAACAAUUGCUUUCUGGGAUGUUACAAUGCCCUGCAUUGAUUGAUGGCCUUAAUUCUAAAGGAGAACACAUUUUGCUUUUCUUGGCUCGCACUGUUGGUCGACAGUUGAUAGAACAAGAGGGCUAUACGAAGCGUAGUAAGCGCCCUGGGCCUACUACCACAACUACAGCAUAUGGUGUUCCUAUCCCCGAACAUGAUCUUGAACCACCAAAAUUUGCAAGAAAAGCACUCGAUUUGGCAAUAGGAAAUUGGGAUGUUGUAAAAAGUUUGCUUGAUGUUGGUAUUAAAAAGCCGAAUACUCUCAUCAAUUCCAAAACUGAAGAUGAUCAACCAAUUUUAGAAAAUGUUUUUCAUUUGCUCGAACAUAAUGGUUCAACACAUUUGGACAAAUUUGUUUUAACUUUACUUGGCUGGUGUGAAGAAUCGAGCCUUGACACUCUUCUUAAUUUACUUGUGCGCCAAGCCAACAAACAACAAAAGAAAUGGGAUGAAGAAGUUCACUAUUUAAUUCAAAGAUUUGUCCGUUCAGUUAUUCGUCUUUUUGUUAUGGUAAUCUUGCUUUCACCAGAGGCUAAUGGAACUUUACUUGCAACAAUUUUUGAUGAUAUAAACAAAGCAAUCCCAGCACCCGACGCUCCCAGCUUAAUUUAUCCACUUUCUAACCAGUCAAAUGCUGCACAACCCGGCACGUCUACUUCGGCUGUUGCUGCAAUACGAGAUUCUUUGAACAAUUACCGAGCUGCUGCCAUCUCUGGUGUACUUUCAUUAGUCCGUGCUAGUCUACCUGCCGCUCUUUCUCUCAAUUCAUCACUUGAGAAAAAAGAUCAAAAGAAGCAUAAAGUUAUUGCUUUUGUAGCAAAAUGUCGACGAGUGUUUCAGUUGAUUGGAAUCACUGACGCGUUAAUUUCUCCGAUUCGUCUUGGAAUCGUUAAACCUUCAGCUAGCAUUGUCUCAAAUGAGGAUGUUUUGGAAGUUUUACAACAACACUUGACCAACGAGCAAGACUUGUCUUCAUUAAUUCGGAUCUCAAUGCAAAGUGGUGAUCGCAAUGAAACGUCUGCUGGUGUGGCCAACAAUGCACGUAUUAUACAGUUGGCUGAUUUACGACGAGGUGAUACUAGUCAAGCAACAGACAUGGCAUUGGAGCGUGCUAGCGAUGAUGAUAUGUCAAAUGAAGAUGACGACGAUGAAGAAGAUUUGGAUGCGCCAGCAACAAUUUCUAGAACUCGUGAGAACAGCAAUACUUCAUUUAGUGCUCGUGAAAGGACAAUCUCUGAGCAAAGUCGGCGUCGUCAAGAAAAUGCUACUGGUUUAGAUGAGAGUUUGGAUGAACAUGAAGGGGAAGAUGCGUAUGGAAGUGAUCACGAUGACAUUGACGAUGAUGACGACGAUGAUGAAGUUGAGCCAUAUUUUGACAUCCACGACGAUGACGACGACGAUGAUGAUGGCGAAGCUGAAGUGCAUGGUGGUUCUGAUGUAAAUCCGCUAGAUGGAGAAGGAGAUUCGAACGAUACUGCAACAGUGACUAUUGGUGCCCCUGCAACAACAUCAUCUACGACUGCGGAAACGGCAAAUAGUGUUGAGGGUAGCAAUACUUCAGCUACAAUUUCGAUUGAACCAACAACUGCUCGACAGGCUGACUCACAAACUCAGAUAGCUGUUAGCGCUUCUGAACCCUCAGCUCGUGUUGGUGCGACCACCACUUCAACCACAACAAAUCCUGCAUCUAAUAACGGUACUGAUGGUUCUCGUCGAGGUGGAAUGGGAUGGGGUGAGGUAAUUAUGGAUGAAAAUGCUUGGGGUCGUAGUAACAACAAUAAUGUGUUUGGCAGUGGAACAUCUGCUACCCAGAGGUAA